GGACGGUGAAGCCCCGGGCCGCCGAAGGCUGUGUAGCCCUCGCCGGGUCCCGCGGCGCCCGGCCGGGCUCCCAACUCAGGACACCGCCUCGCCCGCCCAUUCCCCGCAGACGGCCCGGGCCCGGCCGCCCCGCCGGGGUGAUGUCCGGCGGCCGUAGGAGGGGCGGCGCCCCCUGGCACAGCUUCUCCCGGUUCUUCGCUCUCCGGAGUCCUUUCCGGGACAAGGAAGAAGAGGAGGAGGAGAGGCCGGGGACGGGCCACCCGCCUGCCCCGGGCCGGGGCGCUGCCAGUGUUGAAAAUGAGCCCAUGAGUACAAGUCAGAAAAAGGAAAAUGUUCUUUCAUCAGAAGCAGUAAAGAUUCCCCAAAGUGAGCACAGAAGGAACCACGCUGAGAAGCUAAUCGCUCUUCCAGUGCCAGGAGAUUCCAAAAAGCCCAACGACCUUCCCAGUCCUACUUCAGAUGGCAAAACAGGAGAAAGCGAUCGACAGCCAAAAGAAAGCUUUUUUCAGUUUCUUGGUAACUUAUUCAAUAUCUCUGGAAAAGCAUCUCUUGCUGAGGCCAAGCAGUCCUCUCUGAAAGAUGACCAUGACAGAACUGAGAAGGACUUCCGAACUCCCAGGGAGCAGCCGGAGGAAGGGGUCAGGGAGGAGAGGGAGAUGUGCAGGGGCUCCCCGGGAACCCAGGCCCUGCUGGCAGGAGAGCAGGAGUCCAGCUCGGCUGCACCCUCAGAUGCCUUUUCUUUGGAUACCACACAAGACAGCGAACAGGAAACCAGUGACUUCAUAAAACAAACAGAUGGUAAACCAGAGAGGCCUUCAGUAACAUAUGCAACGUAUCGAGGCCCCAGACAAAUUAGGAAAUUUUUGAAGCAACAGACUGUGUUAGAAACGGUGAAUCCCUUGGACAGAGAAAAUGAAAGUUCUGACUCUAGUACGAGCACACAUACUGGCCCUAGGAAUGAGAUUGAGGUUGGGAUGCGGUCAUCUUUGUCAUCAUCUAGCACAGACAUAGCUAUGAAAGGACAUAUGCAUGGAGACCUAUUAGAAGAUUCUGAUUGUAGCAGAAUAAGUCUCAACACAGAAAGCCAUCUGAGAAACAACCCAGACGUGCUGAAGAUUCCUUCUUCUAAGGAUGUUUUAAAUAAAAAUGGCCCUGGGGGACCUGAGGGAAGUAGGCCAUCCCCUUCUUCUGUGACUAACUCCAGCUUUGCUGUUGGAGAAUCUGACUCACAGCAGCAUUUAAGUCGUGUGCCAGUUUCUCAGACUGACGGAAACCUAGUGUGUUCCGCAUUGUUUACAGGAAGUUGCAGCGGCUCAGUCCCUGGCCGUCCAGACUUUCAGAGGAUAACUCCUACAGAGACUGCAACAGAAAAAAACAGCUCCAUCGGGAGUGAUGGGAGCCUGGUGCAAAGGGAAGAGCAUGUCGAGCCUGAGCACCCUGCUGUUGCUGACGUGUCUUGUAGUAAAUCUGAUGGAAGUGACAGUACCCAACAGGAAAGUACAGAUUUUCCGUGUCCAGAUAAAUCCAUCAGGCAUGAAGGCUUGCCGUCUCCAGAGAGUGAGUGUUCUGACACGCCACCUGUAGGUAACUCAUCAGAACAGGCUGCCAGUCACACCGCUGCUCUUCAGAGGCAUGCUGUGACAGGCACUGAACUUGUAAAUGAAGGAAACAGGUCGUCUGCCCGAGAUGCACAGAAAAAUCCAGCUGUUACAGAAAUCAGGCAAGAAACAGAAACUGUCUCAGUUGGUGAACCCACAGCUUCAAGUCAUGCAAACCAUGCAGAAGAUGGAAUUGAGUCAUUACCCAAAGAUACUGACCAGUUGUCUAUAGCAGAACCCAAAAACCUUGAUUUGGGGCCACAUGGCAAAAUGCCUCAUGUUCUUAGAAUCAAUCAAAAGGCCCCUGCUGCUAUAAAAUGCAUCAGUGAGUCACCAGGGGUAGCCUGCCUAGAAAACAAAAUAACCCCUGAACUGUCCUUCAGACUCCAUAGAAAUCACAUUUCAGACUCUCUUCCCGACUCUGAGAGUCCUCAACAAGCUCAAGUAUCACUUGAUACCAGAACCUCUCUUACCCUUGACUGUGAAAAAUCAAAUUCCAGUGCUUCAUCUCCCCCCAUUGUUUCUGGAAUUAGUAUGCUGAGCAGGUUGGAUGUGCCUGUUUUAAAGAUUGAGGGGUCUUCUGUGCUCAUUGAAACAGGGGAUGUCAACAUUGUUGGUGUUUCCAGUGAGCCUGGUGGGUGUCGAGAAGAAAAUGUGGCGAAUCACAUUGACGCUGCCGACGGGAAGAGUCCUCCAGUUUGCCUUCACCCUGGGCACACGUCUGUGAUUCUUGAAUCCAAGGAUGUUCUUCCUAAUAGUGAAAAAUGCCAGGUUCCACUAGACCCUGAAACCAGUGACACCCACCUGAGGGGGGCGGACUCGAGAUUGGAGGAUGAAAACCUCUCUGAGCAUCACAGUUCCAUUUCCUCUCAGGACCCUCAUAAAGCAGAGUUAAUGCGUUCAAACAGCGGAGCGAGGAAAAGCACUAUGGAGAAGUCUGGUUCUCUUUCCUUGGACACCAAAACUAGUAACGUUGCUAAAGUUUUCUCAAAAGCUGAAGUCGAUGGUCAGAAUAGUGUUCCUGUGGAGUCACAUUCUGGAAGAGGAAAAACUAUAGCCCUCUCCGAGAUACCUGUUUCCCACACAGACCCUGGAGACAUUUCUCAGGAUAAAAUUUCUUCUCCAUUUGAAAUUACAGGUGUGCCAGCAAAGCCUAUCUUAUCAGAGUUAACCUCUCCAGAGGCUGAACAGGACAAAAGUUGUCAAUUGGUGGAUCAUAAUGAGCUUAAAGAGAAAUAUUCAGAUGCUGGACUUAAUGAGAAUUGCCAAACGGAGGUUUCUCCUUCUGUCUCCAGAUAUCAAGGUGUAAAGGAAACAGAGGUAGAAGUGUUGGCUUAUGCUUCUGCUUCUCUCAGAAGUAAUACACCUGGGAUUUUACCUCCCAUUCAUGAUGAAAAAGCCAACACUUGUGUGAGUUAUGAACCUUCAGAUAUUUGUGGGACUGAAAAGAUAUCAGGUUUCUCAGAAACAGCAGAACUCAGCCUAACUAAUACUUGCCCCAAAUGCCAAGAAACUGACAGCACAAAAGUAAAUUCACCUUUUCUGGGGUCUGACAUCACUUUGGAAAAAAACACUUUUGCACCUGAAGAUGCAAGCUUUCUCAGUGUUCCUUCUGUGCUCAGAUCUGAAAAGGAAGCCUCGUCUCAGGGAAAGAAAGGUGGGGUUGACAGCAUGCCUUCCUCUAGUAAGGCCGAAGGAGUCAGCAUGGUCACGAGUUCACAUAAUCCCCAGGAUAAUUUUGGUUCUGCAGAAGUUGCUAUAGAUACCACACAUGAAGGUGCCUUAACUAACCGGCUGUACCCCGAUAGCUCUUAUUUGGAAUUGGAAGCAUCUGUACCAACAGGGGCUGAAGUGACCUCCUUUCAGGGACAUUUUGGUAAUCAUACUGGGAUGGUAUCUCUGGAUUUCCCAACUGCUGCCCCGUUUGACAGGCCCAUGGAAGCAGAGGCGGGAGCAGUUGCUGGGGCCCCGGCGUCAGUUAACAGCUCCCGCCAGCAGUGUUCUGAAGCCUCUGCUGAGCACCAGCUCGGGGCCCUCAGAAGCGGUUUGCUGAAAAAGGCUGACACGUUGAUUGGUGAGAUCUUUGAUUCUGUUAGGGAAGACCUGAAAUCCAAACACACAGUUGAUAUCUGCCAAGAGCAUCUGGCCAAAGACGGCAUCAUGGAUCCUGGCGCCCUGCCAGAAGGCACGUCUGAGGAGAACCCAGCGGAGGCUCCACUGCCGGGGACCCAACUGACAGAGCAUUGGGAAGAGCAGGACUUGGGAAACAUGGCAGGAGUCCAGGGGGAAGAAAAGGCCUGUGUUUCGCCUACACCUGGUGAGGAGAGUCUCCUUUUUGAUUCUGAUAGAAUGAAUGUAUCUUGUUUGUUAGAAGAUCAAGCUAGGGAAUUAGUCAGUGAGAUUAUUAAUUCAGUCCAAAAACAUAUAACAAAUGAUGCUUUUGAAGACACUGAGACUACCUGGGAUUCUGAACUUCAGGCUAAUACUCCAAAAAUUCUGAACAGUGAGAGUGUUAAGCCUCCUGUGAGGGAGUUGGUGGUGUCAAAACAGGUAGUAAAUCAAAGCACAUGUGAAAUUAGUGAAAAUAAAGUAUUAGGUAGAUUCUUCUCUGUAAGUAACACAGAGUCAAUUAAAGGAAACGGAGCUGGACAGUCUGAUGGUAUAAACUUGCAGGAAUCAGAUACUGUUUUACUAGCUGAAGACUUGCCCCAUAAAGGGUCAGACGAUAGGGUAGAAACACAUGUACUUCUCAAAAAGGACUCUAAAGAGAAAAUGGAAAUAGAAUGUGUGAAUAAUCAAAAAACUUGGACAGAGGAUACUGGAACUCUUGUAUUAAAUGUCCAAUGGCCUCCGUGCGCAAAUGAUGACAUCCGUUUACCUGGGACAUCCAAAAGCAGUUUGUCUGAUAGUCUUGUGUGUAUGCCUGAAAAAGGCUUGCUAGCAUACAGUAAUAAGAGCAUACCCCUCGCAAUGUCAGAAGUAGGGGAAGUGCACAAAAAGGAUGCUGAAGGAAAUAUAGGAAACAUUGAGCUUAUCCCUUCCAUGUUAGAAAUAGGAAAAACAAACCAAAAGAAUGCUGAAUUAAGUGUUAUGAAAAAUGAGGCAGUCCCCCUUAUGUCAGAAGUGGGAGGAACACAUAAAAGGGAUGAUGAAUUGAAUGAGACAAAAGCUGAGCCCACGGCUGACAGUUUUAAAAUGCAAGAAGUACACCAAAUGCAUACUGAGGGGUAUCAUGAAAAAACUGAGGGAAUACCUGCCCUUUUAGGAAUGGAAAAGGCAUGUAAGAUGGGGGAUACUGAAAGGGAUGUUGGCAAAACUGACGUGAUGCCUGUUAUGUCAGAAGUAAAAAAUAUCUGUCAAAAAGAGGCCGAGGGAAUUACUGGAAAGACUGAAGUGAUGCCUGUUAAAUUGGGAAUGGAAAAUAUUUGCCAAAAGCAUGCUGAAGGUGAUGUUGGCAAGACCGGGGUGACAUCAGUUGUAUCAGAAAUAGAAAAUAUCUACCAAAAAGAUGCUGAGGGGUUUACUGAAAAGGCUGAAGUGAUGCCUCCUGCAUCAGAAAUAGAAGAUAUUUACCAAAAGGAUGCUGAGGGAGAUAUGGACAAAACUGAGGUGAUGCCCAUUAUGUUUGACGUGGUAAACAUCUACCAUGAAGAUUCUGGGGGGGUUGCUGAAAAGACUGAAAGGCCUGUGUUGGGAAUGGAAAACAGUUACCAAAUGGAUGCUGAAGGAGUUACUAGGAAAACUGAAAAGGUGCCUUUUGCAUUGGAAGUGAAAAAAAUACCCAAGAAGGCAGCCCCUGCCUCUCCAGAAAUGGGAAAAGCGUGCAAGAGGGAUGCUAAAGAGACAGUUAGAACGAUUGUGUCCAUGCCCUCUAUGAUAGAGAUGGAGAGAACAGCCCCAGAAGAUUCUGAUGGGACUGUCAGGAAACACCAAGUGUUACCUGCAGUGGUAGAUGUAGGAAAAACAUAUGGGACAGGUCUGGAAUUGCCUGUUACACAAGCAGAGGCCAUGCCUCCCAUAUCUGAACCUGAAAAAGUACCCCAAGAUUAUGCUGAAGAGAGUAUUGGAGAAAUGGAGGAAGAGCCCACUGAAGUAAAGGAAGGCUUGAUAACGCGUGACAACAGACUUGCUUCCUAUUUCAGGGGAUAUGAACCGCCUACGUUAAGUAAGGAUUUUGAAGGCUACCCUGCCUUAGCAAUGCCAGAUUUUCAACCUGUGGAUACUAUAGAAAGGCUAGACAGAAGAACAUCUGUUACUGCAGUAGAUAACAAAAUAAGAAAUCUAGGAGAUGGUUACGAUAAAAGAGAAGACUCUAACUUAGCCUUCAUUUCUCAGGCUGAACAAGAAAACCCUUCCUUCACUAUAUUGUAUGAAGAACCCCUUCAAGGUGAAGACAAGUGUGCUCCUGCUGAAGUGAGGAGAACCUGUCCCUCGUUUCCUGAUGCACCCCCUGGCAGCAUACCUGUUGUCACAUGUGAAAGAUCCGAGAGUAGAACUGACCUGGUCCAUCAUUUUGAAAGAGGUACUAAAUUAGGUGAGAACUUUGAUAGUGAUAGUUCAGAAAUGUUCUUAUCAGUGGAAGCCAAAAGGUACAAAAUUUAUCCCUUAGCUUUGUCUCCCAUCUAUGAGGAUGACAGCUCUCAGGAGGACAUUGUAUCCAACGAGGUCUCACCUGGUCAUCAUGGCUCCACAAAGUCUAGGGAUAAUGCCAACCAGCCCUCUUCUGUUUUAUCACUUCUCCAGUCGGUGUCAGAGCGCUUAAAGAUGAAUUUUGAUGAAGAGGAGAGGCAGGAGUUAGGGGAAGAGGAAGAAGAGUCAUUGUAUAAGGGAAGUCUCAGAGCUAGCAGGAGGGAAUCUGUUGCCUUCAAGUGGACAGAUCCUUCCAGCACGUUUGACUCUGAUGAUGACCAGGAAAGGACUGGAAUUUCUAAGAAUUUAUCUGUGAAGGCAAAGGAACCUACAACUCCCAAUCUGCAAAUUGGGCUGUGGCCAGAAAAGGCCUCAUUUCUACAAAAGUCUGACCUUACUUCUAAACUACAUUCUUCUGUAAAGAGUGCUUAUCAUCAGUAUUUGCAGACUUCCAAAACCCACUCCUCAGAAAAAGGAGCCCGAUUUGGUGGGACUUUGCAGGAACCAGCUUCAAAAUAUUUCCGUGCUCAAGACAACUCAGGCAGAUUAAGCCCAUUCAUAGAGAAUGUUGACAUACAAACUCUGAGGUGUAACCCAAGACCUGGAAAGAUCGUUAUCUAUGAUCUUCACGGAAGUAAUUAUAAACAAGAGGUCUACUGUAGUAUUCUCGAUGCUACAUCAUGGACCUUUCCAAAUGGGGUACUGAUAAGAGUUGUAAGAGGCUGCUGGAUUUUAUAUGAGAAACCACAUUUCCAAGGUCAGAAAUGUGUGUUAGAAGAAGGAGAAAAGGUAUUAAAUCGUGACUGGAUCCUUCAGAACAGAAUGCAUCCACAGAGAAACUUUGUAUUGGGUUCUAUCAAACGUGUUAUAAAGGAUUGCAGUAUUCCAGAGAUAGAACUUUGCCUGCAGUCUGACCCACCAUGUUGUCCUGUCUGCAUACAGCGAGCGGUCCCUAACUUAGAAGAGCUGGAUAUCCCCAAAUACACGUCCUUCACUGUGAAGUCGGGAGUUUGGCUUGCCUACCCAGAUAUUAAUUUUAAGGGGCAAGCUACAAUUUUGGAGGAGGGCCAUGGACUCUUUGAGAUUUCUGCAGCAGAAAUGAAAUCAUUGCAUCCACUUCAAAUGGGUGGACUAAAAGUGGAAAUGCCCAUGAACUUAAAGGUUAUUAUUUAUGAAAAACCUCACUUCCAUGGACAAGCCAAAAAGUUUAGUGAACAUAUAGAUUCUGUCCCUAAUUUUUUAAAAAAUGAUGAGGAAUUUCAUGGAAUUGGAUCUAUUCGUGUCAUCGGUGGAGUGUGGGUUGCCUAUGAAAAAGAACAUUUUAAAGGCCAACAAUUCUUGCUUGAAGAAGGAGAUUAUGAAGACAGAAAUGCUUAUGGGGCAUUGAGCGGCCCCAUCUUGUCUUUCCGGUACUUACAAGCUAAUUUUAUAGAGUCUUCCAUCACACUGUUUGAAUCUGACCUGGAAAGUGGGAAGUUUAUUGACAUUAAAAAUCAGGAAAUUUCUGACUUAGAAGAAACGGGCUUUGGCACUGAAACAAGAUCCAUUCAUGUUAAAAGUGGAGUGUGGGUUGCCUACCAGCAGAAGUUUUUCUGUGGAGAACAGUACAUUUUAGAGAAAGGGAAAUACAAAUGCUUUUUUGACUGGGGAGGAUCAAAUAACAUAAUCAUGUCAAUACGACCUAUCCAACUGGAACCACUUGGGAUAAAUGAGCCUCCACAUUUGCUCAAAGCAUUCAGUAAACCAGGGUUCCAAGGUGAAUGUGUAGAUUUUACCAAAGAAAUUUCUGAUUUGACUUCAUUCACUCCAUGUUCUUUCAAAGUUCUUCGGGGCUGCUGGCUCCUGUAUUACCAAGAGGACAUAUCUGAUAACCAGUGUGUGUUAGAAGAAGGCCUCUAUGCUGACCUUACUUCUUGUGGCUGCCCGACAUCUGAAGUCAAGUCCCUCAAGCCCAUUGACUAUGUCUUUGAGGAGCCCUCCCUCAGCCUCUUCGCUCUGGAGCACUGUGAGGGCAGAGAGCUGCACCUUGAAGAGGCCGUGAACUCGGUUCUGAACAAGGACCUGCACUUCUACACCCAGUCCGUGUGGAUAAAAAGUGGACAGUGGAUAGCUUAUGAAGGAUCCAAUUUCCUAGGACGACAAAUCCUACUCGAACCUAAUGAGAUCCAAAAUUGGACAGCAUUCAGCGGGUGGAAAACCAUUGGUUCCCUCCGUCCUAUGAAGCAGCCUGCAGUGUACAUCAGGAUCAAGAACCGGGCCCAGAAGGAGUACCUGACGGCCACUGGAAAUGCCGCUGACGCCCGGGCGAACUCUGUGUGCACCGCCCCCUACAGCGGGAAGAACACGCAGGUCUGGCACUACUGCCGAGGACUCUUCAAAUCCAAGGCCAGCGACACCUGCCUGGAUGUGAUUGGCGGCCGGGACACACCCGGAGCUAGAGUAGCCCUGUGGGCGGAACAUGGGCAACUGAGGCAGAAGUGGAGGCUGAACAGAAACGGCACCAUCAGCUCCUAUCUCAGCGACCAGCUUGUCCUCGAUGUGAAAGGUGGGCCCGCAGGGAAACCCCGAGGAAAUUAUUAUGACAAGACCCAUGUCAUUAUAAACCAGCCCCUGGAGGGGAAAGAAACGCAGAAAUGGGACAUUGAAAUCCUGUGAGACUCGGCAGCAUCCCUAGAAAGAGCCAAGGGGGAAGCGCCGUGCCUCCCCGGACAGGAAGCACCGCCGGUGCUCACCACCGGGAGCUCAGCAUAUUUUUGCCAACUGCUCCGUGCCCCUGUGAGGAACGGGUCAUGAUUUCUGGGAAAGGUUCUAUUCCUGCUUCAUCUCCAACUUGGGUGAGCAAGUCUACUGACGCCAGUGUUCUCUCUCCAUCCACCCAGUACGUUCCCGUUCCUGACAGCAUCAUUUAGGACGCUGGCGGUGCUGCCGACCUGUAGGUAUUCACAUCCUAGUACAUGUGUGGAUGAGUGCAAGGCACGGGGAAGUAAAUUCCUAUAGGUUGUGAAUAAUUUUCAGCAAUAUUUGAAGAAUAGUUAAUAAACCUAUUAAGCUGCUGUAUUAAUAGCUAAACCUUAAAGGUUUUCUAUUGAGGCUUUUAUAACUGAAGCACCAUAAGUAUUCAUACUUGUAACUGACCCCAGGGAGGGACCUGAACUUUAUUAGGAAAAGGGCUCAAAUAUGGAGUAUUGUCUGUGGCCAUCCUUUGCUCAGUCCUUCAGACUUAAAAAGCACAAAUCACCUGACCAUCCUUGCACUCUAAGUAUUAGCAAGACACCCUGUGGGCCACAGGACUCACAGUGUUACCUGUCCUGGUGUGAGACCUCCCCCUCGGUUUUGCCUGAUCUGCCCUCAAGAAGGGUUUAUUAAAAUUGUUUCACCUCCAUAGAAGAUGGUCAGGUAUUUAUUUGCCUGAUAAAGGGAAGUUUCACAUGUUCAAAUUAAAACCAAGUAGUAGUUGAGACUGGACUAUACCAUUUUACUGUAAGUAAAAGUGGAGUUGAUUUUUCUACGAAACAGAAAACUCAGUGUUCCACUCCCAUUUUAAAUAGCUUUUAUUUAAGCAAAAUCAGAUAGGAUAUCACUUGGGCUUAAAGUAAUCAUCACCACCUUAAACCAUACAAUUCACAAGCAUUUCUCCUUCCUGAGCUGGUUUUAAACUGAGAGUUGGAGAUAACUGUUCCCUUUAUCCCCAACUUUUGCCAGAAAACAGAAAAAUGUCCUAUUUUUUACAUAGAAAGAUUAAGUUCUCCAGUGGUAUUUUUUAAAAUAUCAACCUAUGUGCACUUUAGAAUAUAAAAUAACAGUGAAUUGUUUAAACUCAAAGACCCACUAUUUUGAGAACUUUUUAUAGAGACUUGGUCUUUCCACGUAGAUAUCAUUGGGGUUUUUCCUUUAAUCUCAGGCUCUUCUGUCAUCUUCCAAGCAGCAUCUGUAAAACUCCCUCACGCCCAUAGACAUGAGUGCCUCUCAUCAGUGUGGCAGCAUUAUUUAAUGGAACUUAUAGGGGUAACUUUAUUUUAAAUGGGGGGCUUGUGUAUACAAAAGGUAUGUAUAUUGUCAUUGUAAAAAAAAAAAAAGUUAAAAUUUUUUUCAUGUUAAUUGCUUAAAAAUUUUUCAGAGCCAAUGAGGCUCUUUAAAGGAGUUUCUUCCAAAGAACAGAGACAAAGCCAGGUAACAAAUUUUAAAUUUAAAUGAUACCUUUAUUGUCGUUGUGCCUUUUCUACCACACUGGAUUAAAUAAACCUGUCACAAGUA